GAUAUCUUCUAUAUAAGAGAAUUCUCCUGGAUGACCCAUCAACCAUGGAGAGAGACAGGAACAAGAUGGCCGACAGGAUCAUAAACCUCACCCUACAGAUACUCUUCCAGCUUACUGGAGAGAUGGAUAUGACUGGAGAGGUGAGGGAUUCUGGGAGUGAUGUCACAUGAACUCAUUCUUAUCGAUAAUAACAGAUGGAUAUGACCGGAGAGGAUUACACAGUAGUGAAGAAGUCCUCUAGUGGGUGCUGUCGGGCCCCUGUGUGUGAAGGAUGGGGAAGAACCCUGAGCCCAAUCCCGGGGCCCCCACCUCACUCCCUGAUACAUGAGGAAAUGGAGAAACAGAAGAUCCGAGAACUGAUCAACAAGAUGAUGGAGCUGCUGACUGGAGAGGUUCCUAUAAGGUGUCAGGACGUGGCGGUCUAUUUCUCCAUGGAGGAGUGGGAGUAUGUAGAAGGACACAAGGAUCAGUACAAGGAUCAGGUCAUGAUGGAGGAUCAGCAGCUCCUCACAUCACCAGUCAGAUCCAGUAAGAGAACAGCACCAGAGAGGUGUCCCCGUCCUCUUCUCCCACAGGAUGAUCAGGGAGAAGAUCCGAACAAUAUUAAUGCUCGAGAGACAGAUGUGAGCGGUGAUGAGCAGUAUAAGGAGAACAUUCCUACAGAGAAAGAUCUCAUCUAUAUUAACGGUACAGACAUGAAGGAAGAAGAAAAGACAGAUAUAAGCAGCAGUGAGCAGUAUAAGGAGGACAUUCCUAUAGGGAACGAUCUGAUCUAUAAUAAUAUUAGAGAUUUAAGGGAAAAAAAAGAAACAGAUGUGAGCGGUGAUGAGCAGUAUAUGGAGGACAUUCCUACAGGUAACCGCCCAGAUUCUUGUACCAGGAGAUCAGAGGAGAAUCUUAUAUCUUCAGAUUAUAAAGCAGAUGAUGAUAUCACACAAGAUACAUAUGAAGAACAUUCCAUUAUCCCAGAUACACCCUCAGCCCUUCACAUCCAAGAUCUGUCAUCUCAUCCUUAUAUACAGGUCCUGUCUUCUCAGUCAUCACAGAAAGGUCACAGAAGGGGUGUUGGACAUCAUCAAGCUCAUACAGGAAAGAAAACAUACUCAUGUUCAGAAUGUGGGAACUGUUUUACUUUUAAAACAGGUCUUGUUGUACAUCAGAGAACUCACAAAAGAGAGAAGCCGUUUUCAUGUUCAGGAUGUGGGAAAUGUUUUACUCAGCAAUCACAUCUUGUUACACAUCAAAGAACUCACACAGGGGAAAAGCCAUUUUCAUGCUCAGAAUGUAGAAAAUGUUUUACUCAGCAAUCACAUCUUGUUUCACAUCAAAGAACUCACACAGGAGAGAAGCCAUUUUCAUGUGCAGAAUGUGGGAAAUGUUUUGCUCAGCAAUCAGAUCUUAUUAAACAUCGGCGAACUCACACAGGGGAGAAGCCAUUUUCAUGUGCAGAGUGUGGGAAAUGUUUUACUCAGCAAUCAACUCUUGUUAAACAUCAAAGAACUCACACAGGGGAGAAGCCAUUUUCAUGUGCAGAGUGUGGGAAAUGUUUUGCUCAGCAAUCAGAUGUUGUUAAACAUCAAAGAACUCACACAGGGGUAAAGCCAUUUUCAUGUUCAGAAUGUGGGAAUUGUUUUACUGACAAAUCAAGUCUUGUUAGACAUCUAAGAAUUCACACAGGAGAGAAGCCAAUUCAGAGCAGUAAAUGAUGCAGAUAACACAUCUAUAUAUUAUCCAUGUACAUAGGAUAUCUGACAUUUAUACAUACAGUGAUCCCCCGACUUAUGAUGGCCCCGACAUAUGAUCAUUUCAACAUAUGAUGGCCUCUCAGAGCCCAUCGUAUGUUGAAGGCAGCCUCGACAUAUGAUGCUGCUGUGUGUCGGGGCCAUCGUACAAACAGCUAUCUGACAGCGCUGACAACUUCAGCAACUGACAGUUGUUUAAUGUGCCCCGUUCUGCCUCCUGUUACUCACAUGCUGUCCUGCUAACUCACGGAGGCUUCCACUGUGAGCUCCGUGUAAGCCCCGCCCCCCCAGUGCAGCCAUAGCCAAUAGCCUGCAGCAUCUUGCUGCAGGCAUCCAAUGAGCUGCUGGCUGCCCUCCCCUUCCUUUCCUAUAGAGCUGUAGUCGGCAGGAUGGUAAUGGAGGACAUUCUGUCCCCCCCUGAAGGUAUAUAAAGAACUGUACAGUACUGUAUCCGAUGUCACACAUCACAUACAAUACAUAUACACACUAUACACCCCAUACAUCAAUGUUUCCCUAUCAGUGUGCCUCCAGCUGUUGCAAAACUAUAACUCCCAGCAUGCCCAGACAGUCAAUGGCUGUACAUGCAUGCUGGGAGUUGUAGUUGUGCAACAGCUGGAGGCACCCUGGUUUGUUAAACACUCCCCAUACACUCCACAUACAAUGGUCAUCCCAGAACCAAUUAGCAGUUUCCCAUAGAGAUAUGUAUUCAACAUACAAUGGUUCCGAGGCCCCAGAACCAAUUACCAUUUUUACAUAGACAUAUGAACUCGACAUAUGAUGGUUUCAACAUAUGAUGGUUCUCCUGGAACCAAUUAAUAUCAUAUGUUGAGGGACCACUGUAUAUCAUAUACUGCAUCUCCAAACUUGUUACCAAUUGUCAAUAAACAUUUUCUUUCUUAUAUGA